AUGCUAAAGGCUUACUGUGAAAGGGUUCGUAAACAGCUAGAGGACACUUUCUCCGGCGUUGCGAGUGAAGCCGAUGAGGGCAUUCGGCAUGAUGUAGAAGCAUGUGACUCGGUUCAGGUUGCUACCUCCAUAGAAUCUGCAAUCUUCUUGGACAGAUCGUGCCAGAGGUGCUUGUGGAAAGAAAAAGCCUCCACAGAUAUGUUCAAGUGUGAAAGGUGUGGUGAGCACAAGUGCAGUUACUAUCAAAUGCAGACAAGGAGUGCUGAUGAGUCAAUGACAACCUAUGUGACAUGCGUCAAUUGCAAUAAUCACUGGAAGCUUUGA